AUGAGAAAAAUGAAUAUGGACGGCCUAAAUGAGUGUGCAUAUGCAAUUGGUCUCCAGGGAGUAGUCACAGUGGCUUCAAUGGCAUUUUUCUUGUAUAAACUAAAAAGUAAAAAAUGUACUUGUGAAGUAAAGUCAGAAAAAUAUUUUUCUCCACUGAAUUCAUAUUCUCAAACUUUUGAAAACAAUGAUACAAAGGGCUUUAAGACAGUAACUAAUAGAGUGAAACUUCCUAAAAUAAAAGUAAAAACAUUUAAGCAAUCUGGAAGCCGGUCGAUAAUUUCAAGCAUUAAGAUGAUUUUAGAAGAUUCACCGACAUUGGUUUCAAAGGAUUUAAUGAAAAUCAUAUCAGAUUUGAUGAAGGAAAACCAAUUUACCAGUGAACAAUGCAUUUCUGCUUUAUCUUAUGAAUUUGUUGGUAUUUACGGGUCAGAAAAGGUCCAGCAAGCUGAUGUUGAAUUGUUAUCUACUAUAUUCUCGGAAUCUAUAAAUCAUAAGUACAAGGGAUACGUUGAGUUUUUGGUUCUUGUGAAGAAAAUCGAAAAAUCAGUACUAAAGGCAUAUGAACCAAAAGUAACUCUUUUGUCACUUUUUCUAAUAACAUCCAACGAAAUGGAUGAAAUAGAUGGAAAGGAAUUAAUCAAGUUGAUAAAGAAAAAUGGACUGGAAAUCAAAAGGAUUCUAAGUAUGAUGACUGUGAUUAGUAUUUCAAAGGGAUCUAUAACUAUAAGUGAGGAAGAUAUAGAGGAAGGAAUAAAUACAAUUAAAUCUGCGAUAGUUAGAAGAUCAUCCAGGAUAAGGAAAACAAAUAAAUAA